AUGAAGACUAAGCGUUCCAAGAAGAACAAGACCUCUAGAUCUAGUGAUAUGGUCAUUUCAGGCUCUCGUAAAUGGACUCAUCUUCCACGUCUUGUGAUAUUUGAUCUCGAUUUUACAUUAUGGUAUCCUGAAAUGUACGAACUAUGGGGAGCUCCUUUUAAAAAGAAUCCAACAACAGGAGCAGUGACAGACUGCAAAGGUGAACAAGUUCACUUUUUCAAUGCAGUGCAUACUGUGAUGAAAAUUCUCAAGACGGAUUCACAGUUUCAAGGUACAACCAAAGUGGCUGUGGCCUCCAGGACAACGGAACCGAAAUGGGCCAAGACUUGCAUGCGUCUUAUGGACGUGGACAUUGAGACCAAUGGAUGUGGUCCAUCACGAUACGACAAAGAUGGUAAAGAAGACGACGAGAAUGAUCACAAAGUGACCCAAACAUCAUUGCAAAGUAUUAUUGACUAUGAAGCCAUUUAUCCUUGUAACAAACGCGUGCAUUUCGAGCAACUCAAGAAAGACAGCGGGAUUCCGUUUGAGGAUAUGCUCUUUUUUGAUAACGAGUAUGGGAAUGUGCAGGACAUUCAAAAACUAGGUGUAAUAUGUGCAUACUGUCCAAAAGGACUUACUAUAGGAUCGUGGAUUCAAGUGAACCAUUUGGACCUAUUUCAACUUUUGAGUCAUCUUUUUUGCAGGACCCAACAAAUCGUGUACCUCUUUGAUUGUGCCAAUCUUCAAGUGGUCACCAUGGCACCAACCCGACACGUCUCGCAGUGGCGACUCUGUCGACGUCCCGAGCCUUCUUCUAGCUCUGAAAACUCUUCGACAUGUUUGCCAAAUAAAUCUCAAGCAAUUGCAAAAGAUUCAUCGUCUCUACCUCCUGUAUCAUUGCGAUAUCUCAAUGAGUUUGUAGGCAAACUGCACUGUGCUUCUGCUUUACUCGAGCACGAAUUAUUUCCAGAUGCAAAAGAGAUUACCGAGAGUAUGGGUCUCUUUAAUGCUGUUCGGCGAUAUAUUCAGCCUAGAAACAUACAAAAUCAUGUCGAGACACAUGACAAACAUGAUGGCAUUGUAGUUGUCGGAGAUGGCAAUACUCCACGUACGGCUGCUAUGUUUGCAUUUCGAAUGCAAGGCUGGACGAGUUAUAGUGUCGAUCCAGCAAUGGAGAGUGGGACGAGCGAGCGAUCGAAAGGGUGGGAAAAGGUGUCAAAUCUUGUGGUGAUGCGAAACAAAAUUGAACACGUGCGCAUUGUUUUAAGAAGAGCAAUUGUGGUACUAGUGCAUGCACAUGUGACGCUGGAUCAGGCAUUGAGUGCUGUGCAAGCGGAGGAGGUAUGUGGUGUGGUCACGCUACCUUGCUGUAACUGGUAUGGUCAGCAGGAAUCGAUCUUUGGACGCGGCCCAGACCUUGUGUACGAUGACUUCAGUGUGCUUUCUGAUCAUCGCGAGAUCCGCUUGUGGGUCGGUGACGGAACUAGUCUGGGUCGUAGCGAUGUUAAUGCGUCUCAUGGUGACAUGUCGUUGACGUUAGGUGCUAUGAAGGGGGUGUCGGAUGCUCUGCAAAAGAAGCACGAUGGAGUGCUCGAUUUUAUCCGCGAUACACUGGCAGAGCUAACCUGUGAUACCUCUCUGUUGAGCCAGGAAAAGUGCAUGGCAGAAGAGCAAACGAUCGGUAACAGUUUGCCAUCCGCUGUCAUGUCAAACCUGAGAAUGGAUAGUCAUGUGCUUGUUCUUGACUGGCAUCCUCGUCGUUCUGCAAUGCGUUUGCUACUACGUGACGGAUACACGGAUGUUUAUACACUUUCGUUGGCUGGUGACCUGUCAUUCAGUGUUGACGAUAGCGGUACACUUGGCACGAAAGUUUUACAAUUACAACUUUACAAGGGCACUAGCACCGAGGGCAUCGAGUCUAGAAAUGCGGAGAGUGGAGACGAGGAAAAUAUGCAGCUAAAGCCAUGUGGCUAUUUCACUCUCCAGUCCUCUUUUGCUUUAUCCAGUGCUUACAAAUACGACAACGAGUCUGAGGAAACGGUCCACGUGUCAUUCUGUCAUGUUGAAUACCCAGUACCCCCACUCGCUUGCGUGUUGGACGUAGGUUUUAUCUUCUACGGCUUCCGUGGUCGUGCAAAACGACCUGCCACAUUCUUCCGGCAAUUGUAUCGUACACUCGAUGAGUUUGUGGUAGCUUGUGGGAAUGCCGCUAAGAACAAUCCAGAUCAAACCCGAGAAACACCAAUGUACGUGUACUGCUGCUUCAAGCGUCCAACCGUUUCGGAUUCAAAGCGUCUAACGUGCUGCUCUUGA